AAGGAGAAAAAAAAAAUCCUCUCACACACCGGGUGAGGGGCGACAAAGGCGGCGCGCGCCUGGCGGGCGGGAGGAGCGGCGGCAGGGGGCGGGACCGCGACGCCGGCGGUCCUGGGGCGCCCGGGGCGGGGACGACGGGCGGCGACAGCGGAGGCGCGAGCCCCGGCGCGCGGGCGCUGCGUUUUGGCGGGGUGGGCGACGUCUGGGUUCUGAGGUGAAAUCCUUGAAGGGAGAGAGGGGAAAGCAGGCUGCUGGGGGAGCGGUUGCUGAGUAUAAGAUGAGGAGAAUUAGGAGAAAGGGUUAGAAGCCGGGAGAGGAGUGAAAAAGAAACCCAGGCUGGCCCCGGGAUGAGGUUAGGAAGCCCGGGGCUGGGAAGAGGGAUCCGGGGUCAGGGCUAGGAGCAGGGAUCUACAAGGGGCAAGGCUUGGCAGGUGGGUGGUGUUGGGGUGAGGGUACCAGGGCCAGAGUUGCACGGAAAGACAAGGAGCAGGACCGGGUAAUAGUUGGGAGUAGGGGAGAGAGAGUGAUUAAGAGCCAGACGUGACAAGGGUGUGAACUAGUGCUGAGCCAGGGAUGAGCUGAAGGGCUGGGAUCAGUUGGGGUAGGAUCGACAAGGUGUGGGUCAAUAGCUGGGUGAUGGGUGUAAAUUCUGCAAAGUGAGGGAGGCAGGAGACCUGGAUUACAACCAGGUGGAGUCAGAAAUUGGAGCGUUAGUGAAAGGACGAAAGGAAAGCGAGCUUAGAGCUGGGCGUUAAUAGGACAGUUGUGGGAGAAAAGAAAAGCUGAGCGGACGCUAGAAGCACGGUUUAAGGAGUGAUGGUGCUCUGGGACAGGGAACCUGGGGACAUUGGAGGGCUUCAGCAAGGACUGGCUGAAAAACAGCCUGAGAAGAUGAGUAAGGAAGAGAUGGGCCCUGGAAUUUAGAGGAUGGAAUGGGGAGUAAGGGAAGCCGGGAGAGUCCUGAUGGGUGUCGAACUGGGGUGGUUGCACAGGAGUGGGAGCCGAAUGCGCAUUUUGCUCUAAGGUGCCCCAGAAGGUCUGGAAGGGGCAGGGCACAAAUGCUGUAGUGAAGAAUCCAGGGUAGGGGCCUUUGGUGCAGAAGAUAAGGAACCAUGAAUCUUUGGAUGGGAAGAGACGUUGAAAGGAUCUUGGGUUUAUCCUGCAGCUUCAGUCAAUAUCCCACCUAAGUCAUCCCAGGUAAUAGAGAAAAGGAAAACCCAACCAAUGAUUAUGUGAUAAUAUGGAAGAAGAUGGGAAAAAAACCGUUUAAUGGAUUAAGAGAGUGGCGACUGCUCUAAAACAUGGAUAGAUGCAAACAUGUAGGGCGGUUACGGCUCGCCCAGGACCACUCCAUCCUAAACCCUCAGAAGUGGUGCUGUCUGGAGUGCUCCACCACGGAGUCUGCGUGGGCCUGCCUCAAGUGUUCCCACGUGGCCUGCGGCCGCUACAUUGAAAACCAUGCACUGAAACACUUUGAAGAGACCGGACACCCGCUGGCCAUGGAGGUCCGGGAUCUCUACGUGUUCUGCUACCUGUGCAAGGAUUACGUGCUCAAUGACAACCCCGAGGGGGACCUGAAGCUGCUGAGAAGCUCCCUCCUGGCGGUGCAAGGCCAAAAGCAGGACCAGCCCGCGAGGCGUGGGCGGAUGCUACGGUCUACAGCUGCAGGCGAGGACGUGGUCCCACAGCAGCGCACUUCUCAGGGACAACCACAGAUGCUCACGGCUCUGUGGUACAGGCGCCAGCGCUUGCUGGCCAAGACGCUGCGACUGUGGUUCGAGAAGAGCUCCAGGGGCCGAGCGCAGCUGGAGCAGCGGCGGCGGGAGGAGGCGCUGGAGCGCAAGAAAGAGGAGGCCCGGCGGCGGAGGCGCGAGGUCAAGCGGCGACUGCUGGAGGAGUUGGCCAGCGCGCCGCCGCGGAAGAGUGCGCGCCUGCUCCUGCACGCGCCUGGGCCUGUGGCCGUGCGCCCUGCUACCCUCGCUACCUCCCGGCGCGCGCCCGCGGCUACACUUAAGCCGCGCCGGCAGCCGGCGGUGGCCCCAGGUGUCACUGGCCUACGCAAUCUGGGCAACACCUGCUACAUGAACUCCAUCCUCCAGGUGCUUAGCCACCUCCAGAAAUUCCGGGAAUGCUUCCUGAACCUCGACCCUUCCACCUCUGAGCACCUGUUUCCCCAAGCAACCAACGGGAAGGCUCAGCUCUCUGGUAGGCCAGCCAGCAGCUCUGCCGCAGAGUUAUCAGUAAAGAGCCACCCUGCCCAGGGAUACGAACCUCAAGGCUUCUGCUGGAACAGUGGAGCCUCGAUCAGCAGAAGCCUGGAGCUCAUUCAGAACAAGGAACCCAGUACAAAGCACAUUUCCCUCUGCCACGAAUUGCACACCCUCUUCCGAGUCAUGUGGUCUGGGAAGUGGGCACUGGUAUCGCCCUUUGCCAUGCUUCACUCAGUGUGGAGCCUCAUUCCCGCCUUCCGUGGCUACGACCAGCAGGACGCACAGGAAUUUCUCUGCGAACUGCUGCACAAGGUGCAGCAGGAACUUGAGUCUGAGGGCUCCACGCGCCGGAUCCUCAUCCCCUUCUCCCAGAGGAAGCUCACCAAACAGGUCUUAAAGGUGGUGAACACCAUAUUUCACGGGCAGCUGCUCAGUCAGGUUACAUGUGUAUCAUGCAAUUAUAAAUCCAAUACCAUUGAGCCCUUUUGGGAUCUGUCCCUGGAAUUCCCUGAACGCUACCACUGCAUAGAAAAGGGGUUUGUCCCUUUGAAUCAGACAGAGUGCCUGCUCACUGAGAUGCUGGCCAAGUUUACCGAGACAGAGGCCCUGGAGGGAAGAAUCUACGCUUGUGACCAGUGUAACAGCAAACGACGAAAAUCUAACCCCAAACCCCUUGUUCUGAGUGAAGCCAGAAAGCAGUUAAUGAUCUACAGACUACCUCAGGUCCUCCGGCUGCACCUUAAAAGAUUCAGGUGGUCUGGCCGUAAUCAUCGUGAGAAGAUUGGGGUCCAUGUCGUCUUUGACCAGGUAUUAACCAUGGAACCUUACUGCUGCAGGGACAUGCUCUCCUCUCUUGACAAAGAGACCUUUGCCUAUGAUCUCUCCGCAGUGGUCAUGCAUCACGGGAAAGGGUUUGGCUCAGGACACUACACAGCCUAUUGCUACAACACAGAGGGAGGUUUUUGGGUCCACUGCAAUGACUCAAAGCUGGAUGUAUGCAGUGUCGAGGACGUGUGCAAAACCCAGGCCUACAUCCUUUUUUACACUCGAAGAACAGUUCAGGGCAGUGCAAGACUCUCAGAAACCCAACUCCGAGCUCAGGUGCAGUCCAGCAGCAAGGACGAAGGCAGAACAUACACGCUCCCCUGACUGGGAGGCAUGCAUUAAAAUGCCCUUACCUUUUUCCUCAUGGGUAAUAAGGCUUGCACAGUAACAGAUCACUGGGCUUGCCUCUCUAGGCCUAAAGGAGAGAAUGCCAGGUGAUUCCUGUCCUGUCAAAAAAUUGGUAGUCACUUUUGAAAACAUUUGAAAAUUCCCUCCUUUCAUAAAACAAAUCUAAAGGAGUAACUUCUAUGAAGAUUCUUUUGUCAGUUGCUUCUGGAUAAUUGAAGGACCUGGAGGGGGGUGGGCAAGUGAUCGCCCAGCCAGGAGAGCAGCCAUGUCUGUCUUCUCUCUGUCAUGAGCCCCCUACUAAUCAGGAUCUUUCUGCAGCACUUCACAGAGCACAUGAGGAGGGGCCCAGGGCUGGCAGCUGGUGGGAAAGAUUGGUUCCAAAGUGGAAGGUAACGCCACAGGAUUUAUCUCAUAGAAGAGGUGACCAUCAAGGGAGUGAGGGGCAUGGAGCAGAUCUCCCUGUGCCAAAUAGGAAGGCUUUUGAGAGCUAGGCUUCUCCUGAGCUGCCGUCAUCUCGCUCGCACUGACUGGGAGACGGGGCCUAGCAGCCCUUUCCCUUUGAAGAGGCAGUCAUAGGAGGCACAGACCAGCGCAUGGUCGGUCUGCGCAUGUUAAGCCGGACACUCCUGACUCCUCCAGUCCUGUAGCAGGACCCUGGCUCAGGUCUGGAACCAGCUCGUGGUUUGGGUCAGUGGUCAGAAGCCUUCUCAGAAUUUGGGAAGGCGAGUGGGGAUUGUCCCAGUGCCUGCUGCCCUAGGGUCUCACCUUGUGUGCUAUGUAGCUUCUCUCCUGCACCUACACCAUUGGUGCUCACAAGGUUUGGAGCUUUCGCUUCCCUAGGAACUGACCGUGUGUCCAGCUCUUGGCUGUGGCCUUUCAUGUUCUCUUCCCACUCUGCUACCCAUUCUCUCCUGCCCUCAGUCCAUGAAGGAGAGAGACUCUUUGUCUUUUACUCUGCUAUUAGUAAAAACACAUCUUUAAAAUUUGCUCCAUUUCUAAAUGGAGUCAAAUGCCCAGACAGAAGUACAGUAAACUCUCAUUCUCUCUGCAGUGACCUGUGCAGUACCCACAGCCUCUCCUGUGAAUAAGUAGCGUGUGUUAAUGUAGUACAGUUGUCACUUGAAGGGAGUUGAAGGGGUGGGGCACAGAGACAGUGAGGCUAAAGGAGGCACUGUUCCAUUUCCCAGGCACACCGUAGUAUUUACUGCUGCCCUCAUUGGAGAUGACCUCUUGUAGGCCUGCCAGACAUCACUGAGACAUGGAAGAAAUCAGACAGAAAACAGCUCCCUGACAGGGAUGGUGGCUAGAUUUAAACUUGCUUUUUUACAACACUGUGAGGUUUCUGUAUUAGCUUUUAUUUGGAAGCGAUAAUGUAUGGCAUUUUUGUGCUGUUUGGUUUUUACUGUCUACUGCAGGCUUUUUUGUGAGCUUUGCACGGCCUCCUCCUCUCCAGGACACUGUUUUAAAGUGUCCCAGUUGUCCACGCUGCCUGAGGUUCUGAUAGAAAGCUGUACCCUGAGGUCCACAUUACCAAGGUACAUGAUAGUGAUUUGUUACCAUGGUAGCAAAGCCCAUUCAAAAACAAAGCUCGGUGUGCUGGUACACCCCUGGAAGGAUGGCACUUGCUUGGGUGAGGCAAGAGGAUUAUGAGUUUGAGGCUACAUUGUGAGACCUUGUCUGAAAAAUGAAAAUAACAAACUAUUGGGAGUAAAAAAGGAAACAAGACUGGAUUGCACCUCAUCUUAAACCCUGUGUUAUUUGUUCCAGAAAGAGAACUUGCAGGCAGAGAAUACAGAUCUGACUGUUUAGAGGGGAAAACAUUAAUCAGUAUAAACACUUAAAGGAAAAUUAGAAGGUUCUAAUUCAAUUUUAAAAAAAAGUUUUAUAUCAACUAUCAGCAAGACCAGUAAGCAGAAUGGGGACUUUAUGUUUAGCUGACCUGAACACCCAUAUAUGAGAUUAAUGAGUUAAAAUGAGUUCUAACUAAAACUAGCUGUCUCCACUGAGCCACCCUCAUCAAGGUGCCACCGCAACCACAGACAGCACUUCAGGCAGCAGGAGCAGUAGCAUGAAUCUGUUGUAGAAGCACUGUGCACUGUCUGGGCUGCUGUGCUGUGCUGUGCUCUCUCUGCUGCCUGCAGUGGCAUCACACUGAAACAUUCUGAAGAGAACAGAUAGACUUUGACUAGCUGGUCCCAGGCCAAAUGCCAGGUGCUGCUCUGCCAGCAGCAGUCUCUCUCUCUCUCUCUGAACCCUUUGUAAUCGGCUGGUGUGUUUACUUACCACUGUAGCCAGCCAAGAUGAAUACACCCCAGCCCUCAAAAAUGAUUUCUUACCUCAGUCUAGCCUGGCCCUCAUGCUUGUGGUUGCCUCUAAGAACAGCACCCAUGCUAGUGCAGAAGUAGCAGGGAUACCCGUGGCAGCCAGAAACUGCAGCUCUCAUCAAACGGCAGGCAGAGCUCUUGCCCGCUUUACCAGCUUUAACCAGCCCCUCUGGCUGAAAUGGGAGGGCAGUGCCACAUGGUAAAGAACUUCUAGAUGUCUCUAAAAAUGCCAUGAAUAAAGCUGUAAACUGUAGAAGUGUUCGUGUGUCCUAUGGACUCGAUAGCAGAGUUUAUUUUUGUUCACGAUGGCAAGGCUUCUAGAGUCCAUGGUCGUGUGAGUCCCCCUGCUCUGGUUAUGCCUUCAGCUUCAUCCACAUUCAGGGGACAAACCAAUGCGGUGGGCUGGCUGGCAGUGCUCCGGAGUGCUGAGAGGUCGACAGUAGUGCAGAAUGAAAACAUGGUGGCGGGGGCGGGGGGGCAUUUGUUUUACUGAUAAAGCUUUGUGAACUAAUUUUAUACAAUUCAUAAAAUUUGGUGCCUUGUUCUUAAUUACAGUUUGCAUGAGAUUGAAAAGUUAAGGGGAAGGGUUCCUUUUUGUUAUGUCAAGUGGCAGGUGGAUCUGUAGUGUUUAAAGGGUAUGUGCUAUCAGAUUUUAUAGAACAUUGUUAUCUCCUGUGUAUGAAUGCAAAUUGUCCUUACCAGCAAGUUCUUGAGUUCCAGUGUCCAUAAUUGUAUUUAUAAUCUUCCAUCAGAUAGCUGUCUUUCAAGACAGCCAACAUACAUUACUGAUGUUCAUUGCCUCUUGUAUAUGCUGAACAUUAAUGCUGACCUUUUCUGGAAAGUGACCCUUUCCUGAAUGUGUACCACAUCCCUAUCUGGGGUUGCAGCUUAUGUGUGGAAGGGUUUCCAGCUAGUUGGGAGAGCCAAAUGAUCAGAAGUUAGGCAAUCAAUGGCAGUGGAAUCUUCAACAAUUCUGGAGUCCUUCUGCACAAACCAUCAGGAAGCAGUGUAGGAAACAAUCCCCCCACAUGUGAACCUUUAGAUUGUACAACAAACCAGUACACUGUGUAAUAUGCAGAGUGAGUGAUGCAAAAAUGAUGUCCCUGACACCACCACUCUCAGGACUUCCUGAGCAGAUGCAGCUGUGAUGGUGCUAAGUGACUGGAAGGUUAGCAAGACUCGGGCUGUUCACAGCCUGUCUUUCACUCCAGCCCAAGGGUUUCCGCUGAGCUCGUGAGACUUCCCCAACGGUGUUGACAGGCUCGCCAUUCAAAGCGCAUUUGGUACUGGGUCUCUCAGCUCAGUUCCUAACUGGGACUAAUUAGGUAAAGAGUGCAUCUUUGGGGUGAAAUUUUCCAGGGUCAAUUGGUUUUUACCAGCUAAGAGUGGUGGUAAAACUCCUUCUCAGGGUUGUGCAUGUCAUCUCUUCCACAUUCCUGUCUGCUCUCAGUCCAGGAUUAUCCUUUAACCGCCAUUUACUUGUCAACUCACACAUGGCUCUAACCACACCACAGCUUAGUAGCUAUGGGCAAGCGGUCACUUUUGCUAACUCUGUCCAUACUUAUGCUGGCAUGUUUCUUUUAAAAUACAACAGCUGCUGACGAAAUAGCUCACUGCUACGGCACUUAGCUAGCAUGCCUAAGACAAUGGGUUCCAGGUCACGUAAACCAGUUCAAACAAACUGCCAAACCAGCAUUAUGACUUCAAAAAGCAAGAGUAAAGUUACUUGAGAUUAUAUCUUAAAUUUGGAAUGAAAAAAAAACUAUAUUUUUAAAAGCUAUGUCUUAAUUCUAUCUAGAUUCUGAUUUUCAAAAUAGAUUUUUUUUUUUAACUAACUAGACUACUCAGCUAUAGGAUCAUAUAGCACACUUUAAGGUUUUAUUCUUCAAAACAACAAAACCAGGCUGCUAUUUCCUAGCUUAGCUGUGGUCAUGUGGGGUUCUGCAUCUAUAAUACAGCUUACAAAGCUGCUUCCUAGUCACUUUAUGGGCCUUUGGAAGUAAUGGCUUCAAAUCCAAGCCUUAUCCAUGUAUUCAUAGUCAUGACCCUGCGGCCCCCCCCCCCCCUUUUCAAGGCAUGGUCUCACUGUGUAGCCCUGGUUAGCCUGGAAUUUAGACGAGGCUGGCCUCAGAGAUCCACAUGCCUCUGGGAUUAAGUAUGUGCCAUGAAGCCCAGUCUCUUAAUAGUUUCUAAAACAGACUUCAGAGUAUCUGUGACUCAGAAAAAACUCUAGGAUCUUGAUUCAUGUGAAGCCAAUUCUAGGCCUGAAUUUACUCACAGUUUCUGCUGGCCCGCAUCACAUCACACAGGUUCUUCAUUCACAAGAAAAUGGUAUCCCCAGCCCGAAUCAUACAUGGCUUAGUCAGUGCAGUGCUUACCUAGCAAGCCUAAGGCUCAGAGUUUGAUCCCAGGCAUGGUAGAGCACACUUGGACUCCCAACUGUGGGGGCAACAAGAUAAGGAGUUCAAGACCAUCUUCAACUGAGGCCAGCCUAGGCUGCAGAUACCCUGCCUCCAAAAUAAAAAAAGCUUUUCCCCCCGCUUUCUUUCGGUGGGUGUUUGGAAGUCACAUCAUGAGUUUCUGGAAAGCAGCCAGCAGUAACUCUGUCAUCGUCAUGUAGCUGUGGCCCAGUUACACUGGCCCUUCUCAUUCGUGCCCUGUAACCCAAGACCAGUUCCAAAGGGGCCUUUGCACAAAAAAGCAGUAUUUUUUUUUUAAUGCCAGUAAAUUUGACUAAAUGAGACUCUGGAGAGCCUACUUUUAGCACCACCUUGUCCCACGGCCACAGGCGUCUCUCCACAGAACACAGACAGUGGCACUAGCGUAAGCCUGGGGUAGGAAGUUGCUUCCUUGUGCCCACUAACAAGCUGACUCCACCCACACAUCAGUGCUCUCUUCUGCCACCAAAUCUCACUCUAUUCCAAAAACAGUGCCUCCCUGGUUCCUGGAAAACCCACCUGGUGAACUAAAAUGCCCAACAACACCUAAUGGCUUCUUCCCCAGGAAUGCUCACCAGCAGUAACUCCUCGAGAAUCAGCUGUGCAGUUCAGCUUUAUCACUGUGGAGCAGGAGGUUCCCUUUCAAUUUUUUUUUUCUAUUCUCUUUUUUAAAUGAGACAAACAUCUCCAUUACAAUUCAUGUUUGGGGCUCACUGCUGUCUCUUGAGUGUGAAACACAAAUCAUGUUUUGUUUUGUUGUUUUGUUUUUUUUUUGGUUUUUGUAAAAUGACUUUUUACACCGUGGUUUUGAAAUAAGUUUCUUAUUAAAAGAUUAAAACGUC